AUGACAGACAAUAAUUCCAACAGUCAUUUUAAUCCACGAUACAAGGCACAGUCAACUUCUCAACUUCUAACACCUGAAUCAGCUACUGCAAAAUCGAAUUCAUCUACACCGUCACCUGCCUCGUCCACAUCGUCAUUAGCUAUGUCAAAUAGUCCCAAGAAUAGUCUGACAUCAUUUCUCAAAAUUCCACUACCGAGUCGGAAAUCAGUAGUAACACAACCAGCAGCAGAAGAUCGUUUUGUUAUGACGCUCAUUAAAAGUCCAUCAACACAUUCACCACGUACAUCUUCGAACGACUUUUCCGUAGCCGCAGCGACUACCGCUAGUCACAUGCCACAAGCGACAACAACGAACGACGACACAGGAAAUAAUAGUAAAUUUUUCAAAAAUAAAGUGACAGCUGCCUUUAAUCAUAUGAAAUACCGCUGGGUCGUACGUAUGAGACCAAAUUUUCGAACUAAUGAAUCACCAAUCUAUUUCUUGGGGAAGAAGUACAAUGGAAAAGACGAAACCACAUAUGAUGAUCUUCCUCGUCCUCAUAGUGAACAUUCUUAUGCCAGUUUUCUGAAAGCAUUUUCACAACGAAUUUAUCUUUCCUAUCGAAAACAAUUCGAACCAUUGAACGGUCUCACGCGUAGUGGAGAUCCGAUAACAUCCGAUUGUGGUUGGGGAUGUAUGAUACGUUGUGCUCAAAUGUUACUUGCUCAAACAUUACUCAUUCACAUGACGAAUACAGUUAAUCUACCUCAUUCAACUAUACAAAUUGCAGAUAAAUGUCCACGUCGAAAUUCCAUCGAAUGCUUUCGAAAUGCAAAUCGAGCUAACCGACGAAUGCAGACCUAUACAGAUAUUAUUCGACUAUUUGGUGAUUUUCCAAAUGUCAAAUGUCCAUUUGGCAUUCAUAAAAUCGUUGAAAUUGGUACUACACACGGUAUUCGUCCCGGUGACUUUUUCGGACCGGUGAGUGCAGCUCAUUGUUUGAAAGAAGCUCUGCAAUCAGCUGUGGAAUUAAAUCAAAUAUCCGACAUACUUCGAAUCUAUAUCAGUCAAGAUGCAAUCAUCUACCGACAAGACGUGAUUGAUCUAUGUGCAGCACCAUCGAGUUCACCGAAAAAUUCAACGACUUCCAACGAAAAUCAUGUCUCCGGUUGGUCCACAUCGUUACUCAUUCUUGUACCAUUGAGAUUAGGUUUAAAUGAACUUGAUUUAACAUACGAAUCGUAUCUGAAAGAAGCUUUGAAAUUAACUCAAACAGUGGGAAUUAUUGGUGGGAGUCCACGACAUGCUGUUUAUAUUCUUGGCUUUCAAGAUGAAAGUUUUAUCGAUCUCGAUCCACAUUUUAGUCAAACAACUGUUAACGUUCUUGAUGAUAUUUUUGAUUUAUCGAGUUACUCAUGUUCGUCGCCAAAAAGAUUAACUGCAAAAAAGAUGGAUCCAAGUUGUACAUUGGGAUUCUAUUGCCGUGAUAAAGCUGAUUUUGAAAUGUUUUGUGCACAGUGGAAUCAUAUUUGUCAUGUGGCUAGUGAAGAUCGACGUACUUGUCCAAUAUUUCGUAUCGAACGUGGCACAUUUCAGGAGAACCAUGCACGUCUCUUAAAUUUCGAUUAUCCAUCGUUGAACGAUGACGAACAUGUUUUUCUUCGUGUAACUAAACUACCCGCAUCUGGUAGCAGUUCACCGUUAUCAAUGACGAACUCUUAUUCAUCAAAAAAAUCCAAUACCUCAACACAACAAACUCAUGAAGUCUGGAGUGAUAAUGGCCGUUUAUUAAAUGAAAAUUCAACCAAAAAUCAUCGUACUCGAAAGCAUUCUCUUUCAGAUGACUAUGUAUUCUUGUAA